AUGGGCAAUUUACAGACAAAAGAGGCGCGCCCGUCUCUUGCUACAUCAAACCGUCGACAUGGGAGAUCGCCGUACAGCGACCGUCACCACUCAGAGGGUUCCCGGUCCACCCGAGGCAGUCGGCCUGAUCUCUCCAUCCUCGGAAUAGGCGGCAGUCAUGAACGAGAUGUUGAGAGCCUCGAACGUCGACGAGAGAACAAACAGGAGCGGGAAGCCCGCCGCUUGGAGCGAGAAAGGACAGCGAGGAUCAAGGAGCGCGAGCGUAGCAUGAAGGAAGAACAUGUUGAUGGGGGUUAUCUGGUUACGCAAGGUGUUUAUGUCGGGGUGGAGGACUUCAACAAAGCGGUGGUCCGGCAACUGAUGAUCGAACGAAGGUUGGCCCCAUUCUGGAGAGGUCUCAACGACUUUUCAGAUUCUUGGACAGAGCAUCAGCUCAUGGCCGCUGCGCGAGGCUUAUCGAUACCACCGCCAGAUGAAAUUCCUCCGGAGUUGGAAUACAAGAACCCCCCGAAGACAACAGAAGAUACGAAAGAAUCGUCCGACGCGAGAAACGUACACCAACAUUUGAUGGUUCCAAUCACUUCGAGGUCGCAAUCCUGCAAUUCGGAUACGUCCCAGACGUCUUCCCUGCCUUCUCCUACCUCUCCCAUUGCUUCCGGUACGUCGAGCUCGCCAUUAUUCCGGACCCGGGCAAAGACGCUUGCCGCUCUUACUUCGUCUAAGUCUGGUUCUCAAUCGGACUUGGGCCCGCGCGAGUUACAGCUCCCUCGCGAUCCAUUUAUCAACGGACAGCCCGUUGAAGCAUACCUUUAUAAGGAUUCGUCCGAGUGUCCCAUUUGCUUCCUCUACUAUCCUCCUUACUUAAAUCACACCCGAUGCUGUGACCAGCCGAUCUGUUCCGAAUGUUUCGUACAAAUUAAACGCCCCGAGCCUCAUCCUCCAGAACAUGGGGAUGCGGAUCCAACGGCCGCUCCAACUCCAGCACCAGAAGGCGAGCAUGCAGAUUCCGCAGAUUGCCAACUCGUGUCGGAGGCUGCAGCCUGCCCCUUUUGUGUCCAGCCUGAAUUCGGUGUCACAUACACACCUCCGGCUUUCCGCCGCGGUUUGACCUACGCCCUGGACCCGAGCGGUCGCCCGGCUAAUGUGACAUCCCCCGUAUCAUCCAGUUCAUCGCUCUCCUCUGGAAACCCUGCAGCACUGACAGGUCGCCGGCGUGCUACAUCACUAUCCGCUUCCGAUCCAACAGUCGUUACCACUGAUAGGGUCCGUCCAGACUGGGCACAGAAGCUGGCUAAUGCCCGUGCACAUGCUGCGCGCAGGUCGGCAGCAGCUACUGCACUUCACACUGCAGCGUACCUGAUGAACUCCAACGGAACCGGGAGCGAUUCCCGGAAUUUCAGUCUUGGCAGGAGAGGCAUGAGAAGAUCAAAUGCGCCAGAACCUCAGAGCAAUGCUCGAGGCUCCCCGGCGUUGCAAGCUCUUGCGUUCUUAACUGAUAGACGUGUACCUGAGCAGGAGGCUGAGUCCCCCGAAGAAGAAUCGGGGAAUCUGGCGCCAGCUCGAGGCAGUUCGAGGCGCAAUAGAAUCGACGACUUGGAGGAAAUGAUGAUGAUGGAGGCUAUCCGACUCAGUUUAGCCAGCGAAGAAGACCGGCUUAAGAGAGAAGAGAAGGAAGCGAAGAAGGAUGCCAAAAAGCGAGAGAAGGACGCGAAGAAGGCGGAAAAGUCAAUGCGAAAGAAUGGGUUGUAUAGCAAUAAUGGCAGCACCUCUGCUCUUGAUACCAAUCCAGAUGGUCGAUUGGCCAGGGUUGCCAGUAACUCUUCAUCCCUGGAAGACUCCUCCGUUGCAGGGAAAGGGAAGGAGGUAGACCGUGCGUCGCCCUCUGCGCCGACAAUUACUGAAGAUACAAGCUCUGGUGCAACUUCCAGCAGUGCAAAUCCCACCUCUUCAGAUCCAAACCAGCUCUUGCCCUCCGUCGUCCAAGCUCCGCCCAUAGAGCCGUCGAAGCGGUCCCAUCUACGGCACAUGUCGAGCGCAUCCUCGUCCUUGUCAUCGCUUGUGGAAUCUACGUCCGAAGACCACAUUGGUGCAACUAAUGGGAACCAUUCUUCCACCGAGCCAAUGUUCAAUUUCCGGAGCCUGGCUGCCGUGAUUGGGGAUGAGGACAAAGGAGACGAGUCCGCCGAGCAUGUCGAGCACACAGCCCCGAAGCCCGUUGCAGAGAGCUCUGCCUCAAAUGCCACUCCUGCGGAUUCCAGCGCGACCGCGGCCGUGGAGCCGAGCGUGGUGCUGCCAGAGAGCCUGAUGCCCAAGGAGCUGGAAACCCGAUCGGUUGAGAUCACCAACACCAACCCAAACACGCGGGCAACAUCUUGA